CUUCAAUAUCCACUUCAUCAAUUUCAUCAAUCCACAACAACCAUAAAAGAACUUCAUCAAAUUAUCCAUUAGAAGUAUCAACAAUGGCUCGUACCAAGCAAACUGCCCGUAAAUCCACUGGUGGUAAGGCACCAAGAAAGCAACUUGCUUCCAAGGCUGCCCGUAAGAGCGCCCCUUCUACCGGAGGUGUCAAGAAGCCCCACAGAUAUAAGCCAGGAACUGUCGCUCUCCGUGAGAUCCGUCGUUACCAAAAGUCGACUGAGCUCUUGAUCCGAAAGCUCCCUUUCCAACGUCUCGUUCGUGAAAUCGCUCAAGAUUUCAAGUCCGACCUCCGUUUCCAAUCUUCCGCCAUCGGUGCUCUCCAAGAGUCCGUUGAGGCUUACCUCGUCUCCCUCUUCGAAGACACCAACUUGUGUGCCAUCCACGCCAAGCGUGUCACCAUCCAAUCUAAGGAUAUCCAACUCGCCCGUCGUCUCCGUGGUGAGCGUGGUUAAAUUUGGUUUCUUUUUUGACUUCUCGAUGUCUUCAGCUUGAAAGCGCUUCGGCUUUAGGUCGAUUGACACUGGCGAUGGAUCGGGGUGGAUGAUAAUGCUUUGGGGGUAUCUUACAAGGGUUUUACGGCAUGGAGUUCAUUUUCAUUUUAUGGGGGACCUGCGUUCUUACAGGCUGUACAUUAUUCAGCCAGCGAUGGUGCGCUGAGCUAAUGACAACAGAUAACAAUCACGAUUAGUUAUCAAUCUUUCAAA